CACAAAGCAAUCCAGUCCAACAGCGACACCAACGCUCAGUUCAAUAGCUGAUUCUCCCCUUUGAACCAGGACGCGAUUUGAAGUGGACGAAGGGAUACAUGUAACAGAGUUUCCUUAUGGGAUACCAACUCUUAUACGUGACACAAACAAGGGAAGAAGAUAGUUGUGUGUGCUGCUUAAUCAAUAGGACACUACACAGCUGGCAAGCUUGCUGAAGCUUGCCGCAUCGUUCUGACGUCUCAUACGUGAAGUGUAGAUUUGACGGCCACAUCGACUGAUCACCAAGAGCAACGCGGAAGCUAGCAACUGCAACGUGCACCGAUAGCAACGUGCAACUUUAAUUUGCGAAGAUGUUCCCGAGAAGACGAUGUUACUGCAGCAACCCGUACGCCCGUUAUGUCUACGGCAGAAGUCGUCCCAACUCCUGGCUGAGAGAUGCCCCUUGGGUGCGAAAUGCCUUCCCCGGGAGCACAAGCCUAUUUCCAACCGCCACCCCGAAACCAGAGACUACCAAGCCCAAAGCAGAAAUACCACCUGUUCCUAAGACUGAGUUAGCAACAAAACUCCAUGUCACCGGGGUCGACUUGCACAUUGCCGACAACACCAAGACCCACAACACCGACAUGUACGAGUGUACACAAGACCGAGUCAGUGGGGACACCAAGAAGAAGGCGCGGCUGGUCCUACGUAGAGGUCAAGAGUUCACGAUGACCAUCCAAUUUGACAGAGCGUAUGACAUCAAGAAAAAUGACAUCACAUUUGACUUUUCUCUUGGAGGUGAAGAUGAGGAUAAGCAGAAGGUCAUCAAGUCCUUCAGACUGGAGGAAUCUGGAGCUGCCCCCUACAAACCCCGGAAGUGGGGAGCGAACCUGGUGAAGAAGAAGGAAAAGUCUCUCACAGUGUCAGUAUUCAUCCCCGCGUCAUCAUCCGUGGGGGAGUGGGAGCUGAGUGUCAGUACUGUCGUGGACGUCAAGGACGGCGAAGACAUCGUCUGGAAGUACAACCACGACGAAGAGGUCAUCGUUCUCUUCAACCCCUGGUGUAAAGAGGACCUCGUUUACAUGGCUGACAAAGACUGGCUCAAAGAGGCUGUACUGAAUGACUCAGGGUGUGUCUAUCUUGGCCUCUACAGUUGGAUGGAUUCCAGUCCUUGGUAUUUUGGACAAUUUGAAGACCAAGUACUCGAGGCGUCUCUCCAUCUACUGCGGAAAGCCUUCAAGUUUAAUGCUUCGCCAGCCCUGGGAAGCAUUGUGAGAGUCACACGUGCCCUCUCCAAGAUUGUGAACUCUAUAGACGACGCCGGGGUGUUGGUGGGCAACUGGUCGGGUAACUAUUUCGGUGGUACCUCACCCUCCACCUGGAGCGGGAGUGUGAAGAUUCUCAAGCAGUACAUGACAACAACCAAACCAGUGAAGUAUGGGCAGUGCUGGGUGUACUCUUGUGUCCUCACUACAGUGUGUCGGGCGCUGGGCAUCCCUUGUCGCAGUGUCACCAACUUUGAGUCGGCCCACAACACUGACAAGGAGCACCUGAGCUGUGACACGUACAACUACAAGUUGCCAAAUGGAGAAUUGGAAGAGGAAAGAAUAGACUCCGUGUGGAAUUUCCAUGUGUGGAACGAGGCGUGGAUGAGUCGGCCGGACCUGACGGACAGCGAGGGGGGAGGUUUAGUGUACGACGGCUGGCAGGUCAUAGACGCCACCCCCCAGGAGGAAAGUGACGGCUCGUAUCAGUGCGGGCCUUGCCCCGUCAUCGCAGUGAAGGAGGGUCACGUCAAUGUCGGUCUCGACACCGCAUUCGUCUUCGCCGAGGUGAACGGGGACAAAGUUGAGUGGCUGGUGGACCCGAAGAAAAAAAUCUUCAUACAACUGUCCAGGGACAGAAACGCUAUUGGCAAGUGCAUCAGUACCCAUGCGCCGACCGGCGAGCCGUACAAGAAGGACGAAGACGACACAGAAAGACUUGACAUCACGAGAGAGUACAAGUAUGAGGAAGGUUCCAAAGAAGAGCGUGCCGCGUUCCGACGGGCGGAGCGGACGUUUAGGUUGGCCAACUUUGAUGGAGAAGAAGGGGAGGAGCCAACACCAGUGGAGGCUGUUGAACUAACACUUGAAGAGAUAGACGGGGUGUACUUGGGUUCCGAGUUUGACUUUAAGUCGACUGUGAGGAACACCGGCGACUUGGCUCGCACAGUCACCAUCUCCCUGAAGGCAACUAAUACUGACUACACCGGCAAAACGUUGGCGACUGUAGCUGAGAAGAAGAUUGCCGACCUCGUCAUGAACGUGGGAGAUGUGAAGGUGAUCAAGGUAAAGGUUGAUACCAUGUUAGACCUUGAUAAGCCUAAAAGAGGGUCCACUUAUGUGUGCAAGGCCGUGGCGACCGUCAAGGAAUCCGGAAACAGUCUGAAAACAUCAAGAAGGGUUUAUGUGCGCAAUCCGCCACUGAAGAUAACGGGUCCCGAGAAGUGUAAGAAAGAGGGCCAGGUCACUGUGAAGGUAUCCUUUAACAACACUCUGCGGAAACCGUUGACAAACUGCAAGCUGGGCGUCGAGGGCAACAUGAAGUGUGUGGACGAGAGCCAGCAGGAGAUGACUAUAGGGAAAAUCGGCGCUGGGAAGACGUGGUCCACAGACAUGCUGCUGAAGAUGGUGAAAUCCCCGAAGUAUAUUCCUAUGAGAGCAAUCAAUAUCAUCUUGUCAUGUGAUGAGGUUAAGGAUGUGGUCGGAAUGUACAAAGUUGGGCUCGUCUAAAGUUGCCUUAUCCGUUAACUACCUGAAUACUGCCUGCUUGAAGGCCUCACAGCUCAUCUGAAGACGAGCUCUGUCCACAUUGUGCAAAGUCAAUCUUAGCUAGAAGCGUUCGUAAAAUACACUCAUGCUCAGUUGAUCGUUGCUUUAACUCAUUUUUGUGGAGUGGAUGAUUAUGCAGUUAUAAUAGUGGUUUUUUUUCACAAUAAAACUCAAAUGAGUACCUCAACCGCUCUGUUAGUAUGUAAAAUAUAUAUGUAUAUAAAUAUAUAUGUAUAUACAUAUAUGUUUAUAACCGUGUUCUGUUUUACAAGUUAUUAUCUUGCUCAAAUAUUUUUCCCAAAUCAUUUAGGCCUUUAAUUCUUUUUAUUACACUUGGUUUACAGAUUUCGUUUUAAAAUCAACGGUGUUCAAAAAUUCAAAUUUCAGAAAAUUCAAAGCGAAAUAAAAGUGUGUUUUCGUUUGUACUUCACCUAUAUUCAUGAAGUUAAGCUGUAUUGUAAUAUUAUAUUUGACCUAUUUGAUAUUUAUUUGCCGUGAUAACAGUAUUUGUUACUUGCAUAAGUUUAAACUUUUGGUUAUGUUUUAAUCUCUGGUUUUGAUGAAACUAGUUAACACGCUAUGGGUUCAGAUUACGUCAGGGGUUACCAUGACAACGUGAAAACGAUUUUAUGAAUCCCUUGUUUUUCAGACAAAUAAAAUGCAGCCCUAUCCAGGUAGCGUGGGCGGGGGUCUUCUUACACCCAGGGGUAAUUGUACUGACUAGAUCCGGGUGGAAAACAGGACGGAUCGGGGUGCGUUUUAUACACAUGCAGGAGACUUCAGCCUAAUGUACAGUCAGUGUGUGCGUGCUUGCGUGCGUGUGUGUGUGUGUUAUUUAACGUGGCACUGGGCAAUUGCCCGGCUAUAUGGCGGCGAUCUGUAAACAAUCGUGUCUGGGGCAUACAACCAAGUGAUUGACAUCAUGAGCAUCGAUCUAUGCAAUUUGGCUGACCACCCGGUCCACUAAGUCUCCUCCAACAUUCGAUGACCCAUUCUAACCCGUUUCCCUAAUUGUGGUGAUGGCCUCCGAGCGUCUCCCCGGAGAGCGGAAGAUAGGUAAUUCGAUUCCCUCACCCCCCCAUACCAAACUAAGUUCCAAGCUAAUGUCCGUAUCCCUCCCUCCAACAAGCACCCCACCCCCACCCCCCA